UUCCCGGGGAAGAUGUGGCGAUCCUCUCCUCCCCAGAAGCCAGUCAGUUCUGAGGCUAGAAGCUCAAAAUCAAGGAGUCAGCAAGGCCAUGCUCCCUCUGAAGGCUCUAGGGAAGGACCCUCCCUUCCUGUUUCAGCUUCUGGUGGCCCCAGGAACAGUUUGAUAGAUGACGCUAAGGCCCGCUUAAGAAAACAUGACGUUGGGACCAAAUAUUCUCACUUGUUGUCUAACAAAUGUUCCAUCCUUUUACCGUUGUUGGCUAAAGAAGGAAAACUCUACCUGUUGUUCACCCUUCGGUCAGAGAAGCUGAGAAGGUCACCUGGAGAGGUCUGCUUUCCUGGAGGCAAGUACGAACCUACAGAUGCGGAUGACGUGGCCACGGCUCUCCGGGAAGCCCAGGAGGAAGUGGGGCUGCAUCCUCAUCAAGUGGAGGUCGUCUGCCGCCUGGUACCAGUGCUGUUUGAUAGAGAUACAUUGAUAACCCCUGUUGUAGGAUUUAUAGACUCCAACUUCCAGGCCAAGCCUAACCCCGAUGAAGUUAAGAAUGUGUUCCUGGUGCCUCUGGAAUAUUUCCUGCAUCCCAGCGUCUACCAGCAGAAUCACCUGACACGCGCUGGUCAUCAUAUUAUUAUUCACUGCUUUGAGUACACGAACCCUGAAGAUGGUGUGACUUAUCAUAUCCGGGGAAUGACUGCAAAAUGUGCCUUGUUUGUUGCCUUAAUUAUUCUGGGAAAAAAACCCUCCUUUGAGGUUGAAUUUAAUCUCAACGAUCUGAUGUCAUCCUCUGAAGAGUCUUUACUGAAGCUUCAUAAACGUGCUACAAGCAAGUUAUGAUUUAUGAGACCAAUACUCAAAUAACUCUCUAAACGGUGUUUGUGUGGGCUUUUCCACAGAACAACAAUAAUGCCAGCUGUUGGAAUUUGACAGGUACGAAUGUUUCCUGCAAUAUGAGGGUAAAAACCUUGCCUUUUUUCCAGUUCCCCUCUAUUAUCUGAAAAAGCAAAAGUCUUUCAAAAGUAGAAAAAUGGGGACUUCCCUGGUGGUGCAGUGGAUAAGACUCCACACUCCCAAUGCUGGGGGCCCAGGUUCAAUCCCUGGUCAGGGAACUAGAUCCCACAUGCAUGACGCAACUAAGAGUUCAUGUGCCACAACUAAGAAGCCCACCUGCCACAACUAAGACUUGGUGCAACCAAAUAAGUAAAUAAAAAUAAAAAUUAAAAAAAAAAAUUUUUUUUAAGUAGAAAAAUAUGUUUAUACUGUUGCAUAAUUUCACCCACAGUAUAUCUAACAAUGCUUUCCUUACACAUGUAAGAAAAAGGGUCAGGCACAUAGCAGGCACUUAAUAAAUAUUUGUUAAAUGUA